AUGGCGCUGAAAACCGCCAGUCUGAACGCCAGAAUCAUCUUCCUGUUCUUCACGCCAGAGGUCGCCGCGACAAUCUUACUAGCUGCCCGCGAACUUGGAUUCACAUCCGGGGAAUUCGUGUUUAUCAGACUCUUGUCUUCCAGUGACGACAUCGAAUCCUUUCCAGAUAUAACAUGGCGGCUCGGCAACCACGAUGAAGAGGCGCUGAAACAAGCCUACCAAAGUGUUCUGCUACUCACCUCGUACAAGACCAACUCUACGAUCUGCAAACAGUUCCUAGAGAAUGCAAACAACAGAUCGAUUCGAGACUAUGGCCUGGAUUUUAGACAACAUCCGAUCUUUUUCGGGUGGUCCGUAGUGGUCUGGACCUGUGGACGAUUCCAGCGCCAGAGGCUCGAGUCGCCGCAGCGGCAUGAGACAAUUUUUACAUCAGUGGAGAUGUUUUUCAUCAAUAAGAACGGCGACAGGGACACCGACGUCUACGUCGUCGACCUGACGGAUCACGCGAGGGAACGUUUCAGGCGAUGGAAGAUGCACGAGAAGAAGUCGUUGUGGUGGUGGUACGUCGACGAGAAUGAUGUCACAAUAGUGGGCAACACUGUCGCCAACUCCAUGCUGAGUCUAAUGGCACGAGACGGAAAGCCACCAGAGUAUGCCAUCUACAAGGGUACAGGGGUAUCUUUACGACACUUAACCUCUCUGAAACAAGUCCAUGUCAACAAACAAGUUCUAAAUGAAUUCAAAAAUAUCCGAGAACUGAAUCAGAACAAUCUGGUGAAGCUGCUGGGGGCGUGUCUCACGUCAGACACCAAGUUCUUUAUCACGGAGUUCUGUUCCAAGGGUAACCUGCAGGAUCUUCUGUCAAAUGUCAGUAUCAAUCUAGACGCCCAGUUCAAAUAUUCUUUAUGUACCGACAUCGUACAGGGCAUGUCUUACAUUCACUCGAGUCCCGUACAGCAUCAUGGUCGACUCACUAGCGCCGUAUGUCUGAUAGACAACAGGUUUUCCGUGAAGAUAUCAGAUUUCGGACUUCCUUCAAUACACAGUCAGAUGAUAGUGGACGAAACAUCGCUGGAAUAUAAACAAUCUUGUUUGUGGAAAGCACCCGAAAUUCUCAAAAGUCACGUUCGAAACAUGGCAUCACAGGAAGGGGAUAUUUAUAGUUUUGGAAUCAUUCUUCAGGCAAUUAUCACCAGGAAGGCGCCAUUUGCACUGGAAACAAACGACAUCGACAUAGACACACUGCUGGAGAAGAUAAAACAAGGCUGCACAACCCAGCUGCGACUGGUGGAGAACGUGUCACAUGACGAGCAGGGACUUGCCAGUCUGAUGAAGCACUGUUUGAAUGAAGAUCCCAUAGAGAGACCAACGUUCCAGGAGAUCAAAGUGACCAUCAGCCAACAGACCAGGUAGGUGAACAGUAAUCUGUUUGACAACCUCCUGAGUCGAAUGGAGCUGUACGCCAACAAUCUGGAGAAAUUAGUGGACGAGAAGACCAAAGAGCUGAAAAACGAAAAGAAGAAAUCAGAAGAACUCUUAUACCAGAUUCUACCAAGGAGCAUUGCUGACAGUUUAAUGGAAGGGCGACAGAUCAAACCUGAGUCGUACGACAGCGUGACCCUCUACUUCAGUGACAUUGUCGGCUUUACGGCAUUAUCGGCCAAGUCCACACCGUUCGAGGUUGUCAAUCUUCUGAAUGAUUUGUACACGUGUUUCGACGGCAUCAUUGAGCAUUUUGACGUAUACAAGGUGGAAACUAUAGGUGACGCAUACAUGGUUGUGUCUGGACUUCCGGUCCGAAACGGAAACAACCACGCUAGAGAAAUAGCCCGGAUGUCAAUGGCCAUGCUGGAGGGGAUUCAGAAUUUCCGGGUCCGACACAUGCCAGACAAGAGAGUCCAGAUGCGCAUCGGUCUGCAUUCAGGAACAGUAUGCGCGGGUGUGGUGGGUCUAAAGAUGCCGAGAUACUGUUUGUUUGGAGACACCGUGAACACAUGUUCGAGGAUGGAGUCCAGUGGAGAAGCUAUGAAGAUUCACAUCAGUCCUGACACAAUGACUAUACUAAGACUAUUCCAGACAUUCCAGAUAGCUGAUCGAGGAACCGUCAACAUCAAGGGAAAAGGACUGAUACAUACAUACUGGUUGCUUGGCGAGACAACCAAAUCUAAUUCAGAUCUGUAUAGCGGGACAUGA